UGAAGGGUUUACUUACAAAUUUUAUAAAAAUUGAUUAAAACGGUCAACCCGACCCGGCUGUUUCCCGAAUGGAACACUCAACAGGAUUACAGGAUUACAGGGACUGCUUAACGAGCGAAAUGUAUUUUUGUGAUGGCUGCGCUCUCGUAUUGCAGUCUGCAACAACAAAGAAAUAUGGCAUUUAACUGAGAUGGAUCUUCAUAUAGGAGAUGAACUCUUGUGUAGAAUUCCUCGAAUUCAACUCAAUGGCGUCUUCUUCAUCUUCAUGGUGGCAGUCGCUCUUCUCUCCGGCCAAAAAUCCGUUCACUGCUCAUUGCUUCAAACGCCUCCAGGAAUACGCCAUUAAAGCCAAAGUGAAGGUGAUAAGAUCAUCAUCACAAGAGGAUAAAUCAUUAUCAAGUCUUAAAGAAAUGGAGAAGAUUAUAGGAUACAGAUUCAAGCAAAAGCUCUUAUUACAACAAGCCUUGACACAUCCAAGUUAUAAAAACUCUGAAUCAUAUGAAAGAUUGGAAUACGUUGGUGAUUCCAUUCUCAACUUUUUAGUCAGUAAACAACAAUUCUUCAUGUACCCAAAUCUCCCUCCAGGAUCUUUAACUACACUUCGUGCUGCAAAUGUUGACACUGAGAAACUUGCACGAAUUGCAGUUAAAUUUAACUUCCAUAAAUACAUCCGACAUGAGAAUCCGAAACUUAGUAAGCAAAUUCAUGUGUUUAUGAAGGCUCUUGAAAAGUAUCCAUUUCAUUCAUAUGGAUUAAUUGAUGCUCCAAAGAUUCUUGCUGAUAUUGUUGAAUCCACAAUUGGGGCCAUUUAUGUUGAUAGUAAUUCUUCAAUUGAUACUACAUGGGAGGUGGCUAAGAUAUUAUUGGAGCCCAUGAUUACUCCUGAAAUGCUCCAAACAAAUCCAGUGAGAAAACUGAAUGAAUUAUGCCACAAAAAGAAAAUGAAAAUCCGAUUGAGAGAUAAAUGGUCAAAAGAAGGGGUGUAUGAAGUUUUUAUUGAUAAUAAAUUAAAAGGAAGAGGUGAAUAUAAAGCCAAGAAGGAAAUUGCUUUGAAUAGAGCAGCUGAAGAUGCAUGUAAUAACAUUAUGAAUGACAUGGAUAAUUCUGAAUCCAACAUUAUUCAAAGUUGAUAAGGAAAAAAAUUGCAAUUUUUUUUUUAAACAAAUAGAAGUUUUUAAUUUAUUAA